ACACACUUAUCCCGUUAACCAAUUUAUCCGCUUGGAAGGGGACAAAGUUGACCCACCAAAACACCUGGGUCACUUUUGUCCUGCCCUCUCUCGACGUGAAUAACCUCUCGUCCCUCUCACACGAAGCUUCUGCUGGACCGUUCGCCGCCUCUGUUCAAGAUCUCGCCAGAUCGUUGGCCGCUUCUUUUCGGUUUGAAACCCUCGAAUAAUGUUGGAGUGAGUAAUGAAAUACAAGGAAAGCGAAAAGAAGAUAAAUUAUCUAUUGCAAGUGGGCAAGCUGCAGCACUAGGUAUGUAAUAAGCCAAGGUACCAAUUACGGUUUGCUGGUAAAUUGUUUUGCAUUACUACUUUGUGUCAACGUUUUUAGGUAAGCAACAAAAUGGAGCUCGAGUUAUUGCUGUAGAUUGCACGGCUGAUAAAGUUCAAUUGCCUAUGACUGCACUGAUCAAAGUUUCUGGUGAUCAACUGGAUAGAGCUGCAGGUGUUGGUAAUUGUAGAACUGAUAAAUCUGAAUUAACUGUGGGAGUUUUAGGCUCUGAAGAAGCACUGAGAGAUGGAACAACUCUAGUCUCUGCAACAGAUUGUUUGGCAGAAGAAGCUAUGUUGUUUGUUUCUAAUAAUAAACCUUUAUCAAUGUAUAUCAAUGAAAUUUGUUCUAUAGAAAAUUCCAAUUACUCAGGUGACAUUGAGCAAAACAACGGUCUAUCUUUGCCUUUUAUGAAAACUUUUUCAAUUUGGCAACAAUUUGAAUCAAUGGAAGUAUUCAGAAAAUUGCCUCAAAAUCCCCAUUUUCAGCCUUCAAUGAAGUCUAAAAGGUUAUGUCGAGAGGGAUUAGCUAUUGGCAAUAUGUUUGCCUUUGUUUCUUUGGUUGAAAUGAUUGCAAAGUUGGAAAUAGAUGCUCCUGCAGAAUUAGUCAAUGACGCUACUGAAGCACUUGUUGAAUUGGAAAAGAUGGGAUUCAAUGUCAAGGCAUUACAAGGUCGUCUGAAUGAU